AUGGAUAGAAAUAUAGACGAGAUCGUGAAAAACUUACUAAAGUUUGUAGUGAGAGGUUUCUAUGGUGGCUCAUACGUCCUGGUACUGGAUGCAAUCCUAUUCCAUUCAGUCCUCGCUGAAGAUGAUCUUAAACAAUUAUUAAGUAUAAAUAAGACAGAUCUGGGUCCCCUUGUGGCAAGGUUACGGUCAGAUAGACUUGUAUCCAUCCAUAAACAGAGAGAAUAUCCUCCAAACUCUAAAAGUGUAGAAAGAAUAUACUAUUAUAUCAAAUUCCCACAUGCUAUCGACGCUAUUAAGUGGAAAGUUCAUCAAGUCGUACAAAGAUUGAAAGAUGAUUUGGAUAAGAAUUCUGCUCCAAAUGGGUAUAUGUGUCCCAUUUGUUCCACUAAAUAUACACAAUUGGAGGCGGUCCAAUUAUUAAAUUUCGAUAGAACUGAGUUUCUUUGUUCAUUAUGUGAUGAACCUCUCAUUGAAGAUGAUUCGGGGAAGAAAAAUAAGGAAAAGCAAGAUAAAUUGAAUAGAUUGAUGGAUCAAGUACAACCCAUUAUUGAUUAUUUGAAAAGAAUUGAUGAUUCUAGAAUUGAAGAAAAUACUUUCGAAAUUGCAUUAGCAAGGUUAAUACCUCCACAAAACCAAUCACAUGCUGCAUACACAUUUAAUCCAAAGAAGGGUAGCAAUAUGUUUAGACCUGGUGAUGCUCCAAUUAUAACAGGCUUGAAUAAUGAUAACAGUAGGCGUGCAGGAGCAAACUCGCAAGCUACAUUACAUAUUAAUAUUACCACUGCAAGUGAUGAGAUUGCACAAAGUAAAAUGCAAGAACGUCAAGCUGAAGAGAAGAGGAAACAAAAUGCUGUUCCUGAAUGGCAUAAACAAAGUACCAUUGGUGAAUCUGCUCUAGGGAGAUUGGAUGACGAAGAUGAAUUCGAUCCUCAACAAAAGACACAAGGUCUUCCUGCCGCAGCUGGUGAUUUGGAAAAUGGUUCCGAUGGAUUUAAUUAUAAUGGUAAUCAUCGUGUAUUAACAGAACAAGAAAUUGAAGAAAGAGAAAACGAACGUGCUUUGAACGAUUACUACGCCGCAUUAGCUAAGAAACAAGCUGCUGAGAGAAAGAAGGAGGAAGAAGAGGAAGAGGAAGAAAUUGAAGAGGAUGGUGAUGAAGAAAUGGAAGAUAUAGAUGUCAACACUGGAGCUGUUAAUGGUAUAUCACCAAUAGCUGAAAAAGUUGAAGACGAAGACGAAGACGAAGAUGAAGAUGAUGAAGCUGCAUUUGAAGAUGAUUUUGAAGAUGUGAUGGAACAAGAAAAUAAAAAUAAAGAAGCCGUAGCAGAACAAUCAAAGAAAGAAGAAAAGCCAGCCGAAACCAAUGAUGAUAAUGAUGGAGAUGACGACAUGGACAUUGAAUUCGAAGAUGUUUAA